UCAAAAGAAGCAAACGAGACAGAAACAAAACAAGCAUGGCGGAACUAAAGUUUGUUCAGUAUCUAUUGGACGAAGAGAAACUUAUCUUGCAAAUUAUGGAAAAAUUUCAGAGCCAAGUAAACAAGCUCAGGGUCGAGGAGAUGAAUCUGCUGAGCGCACUUCGUGAUAAACAGUUCGAAGAGACGGCCGCUGAACGACCUAUGCAAGAAGAAGAGCUGGCGGCGGUUGAUUUGACGGGUAGCAAUGCUGAAGUUGAAGACGACGAGGAGCCGACGAAUUCCGAGCUCAUUGACCUGCGAGUUGGUAGCAUCCUAAGCACACCGAUGGAUAUUUCAAGCGAGCCUCGAGACAUCAGUGAAGAGGAAGACGAGACGUAAAGCCCAGAUUGUCGCCGACUUCGUGUAAAAUAUGUGGUAUUUAUAAAAAAUAAACUUGUAGUGUUUAUACAAAUAGAUGUCACGCACUGAACGUUAAUCGGUUCACUCAAGUAAGCUGGGAUGCACCGCGUUGACAGCGCGAAGUUCUUGAAGACGACCGCGGGUCUAGUGAAGAAAUAGAUCAGUGCCGGAGGCUGUAGAAAUCAGUGGCUGCUUAAAAAAAAA